UUGUUCGUUGACAGUUGGGUGAAAUCGGUGAUAAGAGGUUGAGGUGUUUUCGAGAAAAAGGCGUCUGUGAGAUGUUCAAAACAAGUAAAUAAAUUUGAAAAUCUCGUGGAAUGGAAUCUAAAGUCCUACCGAAUCGUUUGGUAGAUUGCACGAAUCAAACAAAAAUGCUUAACAAACAACCCCAAUCAAGGUGGUAAUUAAUUUUUUAAACGAGAUCCCCAAGCAACAUCAUCAAUUUUUCAUUUUUAAUUGCUUCUAAUAUUGUCCACGAUGGCUGAAUCAAAUAUUUAUUACAACGACAGCAAUUACAUGAACCACCAAAGCUCUAGUGAAAAAGAAGUGAUUGAUUCAGUUGAAAAUCUAAAUGAGCACAGUGAAAUGAUUUGUGAUGAUUCUCUGACUGCCGCAGCUCCAGAAGAAUCGAAAAGUGAAGCGAAGGAAGUGAGUGACGCCAACGAAGAACAAGAACAUGUGGAAAGUCCCACUACCGGAGAGGCUUACACUUUUAAGUGCGUGUUUUGUGAACAACUUCUUAGUGCCAACGAUGAUCCAAAGUUGCUUGAGUGUUUACACAAUGCGUGUGGAAACUGUAUUGGAAAUAAAAUUUACGAACACCAAGAAACAGAACCAGAAAAGAAUACUGUCGAAUGUCCACUGUGUAAUAUAAUAUGUGAACCAGGGAAAAUAAUUGAAAACCAGUUCCUUUUGGAACUGGCCAAUAAUGAUGACAGUAAUUCAGCUAAAUUGACAGAACUUAAAUGUAGUAGUUGCACCGAUGAUGCAAUUGCUACUAGUUGGUGUGUCGAAUGCUCUGAGUACAUUUGUGAUAGUUGCGUCCAGGCUCAUCAAAGGUUGAAAAUAACGAAGGACCAUACUAUUAAACCCAAGGAAGAAGGACUGAAUGACAAUCAGUCAUCAACUAGUAGUUCUUCACCGAAUUUAUUCUGUUCAGUUCAUCCACAUGAAAAGCUAUCAUUAUUUUGUGAAACUUGUGAUAAAUUAACUUGUCGCGAUUGCCAACUCAUUGAACAUAGGGAACAUAAAUACAAAUUUACAAACGAAAUUGCUUUAGAAACGCGCAAGUUUAUUUCUGAUAUGUUGAAAGAUGUUGGAUAUAAGAGAGCGUUGUUGUGCAGCGCAAUGAAAGUUAUUGAUGACCGCCAAAAUUUAAUUGUUGAAAAAAAACAAGCUUUAGUUAAAGAGAUUACACAAUUAGUGGUGAAGUUAACAAAUACAAUAAACGUAAGGGGCAAACAAUUAGUUUCUAAAUUAACAGAAGUAUGUGACAGCAAACAAAAAACCCUGCAGGAGAAAAAACAAGCCUUAGAACAACUGUCAAGAAUGACCGAUCACUGUAUAGAAUUCACUCAACACGCUUUGGACAAUGGGAGCGAUAUGGCGCUCUUGUACAGUAAAAAGCAAGUUACAGAUCAUCUCAGAAGAAUAAAGUGCAAACGAGCGGAUAUUCCCAACCCUGAAAUCCCUGUCAGAAUCCAUCUGGCUUUGGAUAAAUUCCCAGAUCUUGUAAAAGUUAUGUCCACAAUCGGUCAGAUUGUGGUUGAUGGUAGGAUUUAUCCUUCUCAGUCUGUUUCCCCAUCAACUUCAAUACCGCCACAUGGUUCACCCAGUCCAGGCCAUACCAGGCCGCCUCAACAGCAAUCGCCCAUUAAUCAGUUACUCCAACAGCAAUCACCAACAUACCAACAAUCGUCGGGUUAUCAACAAUCGCCCAGAUUACCGCCGCCUUAUGGUCAGUUUUCAAACGGGACUCAGUACCAACAAGGUCAGAAUAUGAGUCCGCAACCCAAUAUGCAACAACCAAUGGGAGUAGGACCAAAAAUGAUGCCUAAUAUGGGACCGCCGAUGCCUCAACAAAUACCGAUUUCACUAGCCCAACAGCUGUCUGUAAAUAGAAUGCAAAUGCAAAGACAAAUGCCGAGACCGCUAUUACCGAGAAUGCCGGCAAAUUCGGGAGGACUGAAUCAACAACAGAAUAUUCACCAGCAGGUUUCCUCCUCAACUCACCCACAAAACAUGUUGUCAGAUCGUAGCAACCUACGAUGUUUACUUCAACCAACCAACACCAACACACCUGUAUAUAUCCAAACAGGCCCAGCCCAAUACCAAGCAGUACAACCCCACGUAGCUCAACAGUUCCAAGGUAGAUUCCCCAACCAAGUCCAACAACAACCACAACAGCAAUUCCGCCAGCAACAAACUCCAAUGAGAAUGAUGGUACCAAACCAGAACCGGCCGAGCCCGCAAAGGCAGCCGUACCACAUGCAAGGAGCCUCCGCCAGGUGGCACAUACCUCAACAAACCGCGAACAACGGGAACAACGUCGGCAACAAUCGCAACAUGACGCUGCCAACAAUCAACGACAACUUCAAAAUCACCCUGAAACAACAGACUCAACCAUCCGAGAACAAGAACUUGCCGGCUACGGUUACUUCGACCAUUCCCAAGACGCCGAGUCCGAAUCACGUACAAGGGCGUUCGGAUACGGAACGUAGCUUAGACAAGUUCUGCGAGGACUCGGUGAAGGACUUGAUGGCGACGAUCGCCAAAUUGGACUCGAAUGGGGUUCAGGUGGUGGCGGAAGGGAGGCAAAAGACGGGGGGUUCACCGCAUGUUGACAGUUCGACAGGCGACGCGGGACCGUCGGGGAAAAUCAAGUCCGAUCCUAUGGAUACGGGGAAGGACGAUCCGAACGAGGAUUGGUGCGCUGUGUGUAUGGAUGGAGGAGAAUUGGUCUGCUGCGAUAAAUGCCCGAAAGUGUUUCAUCAAUACUGUCACAUUCCUAAUUUGAGUGUCGAGGAAAACGACACUUGGCAGUGUUUGCUAUGUACAAACUUUUCUGAUCUCUCCGAACACCUGUCAAACGAUAAAAAAGAAGGGGAACUGAGUGAGAAAGACAAGAAAAUAGCCGAACGCAUAGUUCUCGAAUUAUACUGUCAGUAUGACCCUAGUUUGCCUUUUAGAGAAGUUAUAGGACCAGAGAACGAGGAAUACCACUCAAUUAUCAAAAGUCCGAUCGCUCUGGACAGUAUCCGCCAAAAGUUGAACUGGGCAUCACCUGACCAUUAUACCUGCAUGGAGCAGUUAAUCAAAGACGUACGAUUAAUGUUUAAAAACGCAUAUACGUACAACCCUGAGGAUUCUCAAGUAUACGCCGAUGCAAAAACUUUGGAAAAGUUCUUCGACGAACAGUUAGAAAAGUUCCUGCCAGAAUACGCUUAUGAACAUUUCGACGAUGAUGAUAUUCAGCCCCCUACUAAAAAAUAUCGGCGCAUUAUAAGUGAUUGACAAAUUGUUCAGGGGGCGAAUAAUACUGUGUAUUUCUCCCUAUAGUUCAAAAUGAAAACUUUUUCAAGUUUUUCAAUUUAUUUAAGGGCAGUUGUUCGUUAAAAAGACAGUAGUUAUUGUUGGAUACUGUUGAAGUGUGGGACAACUUGCUCUUAAUUGUUAGACUUUUAUCAUGUUUUAGUGAUCGAUAUAUAUUGUUAGUUAAUUA